CAGCUCCGCCCAGCGUCACCCAGCUGAGGCCUCUCUGCCCAUCGGCCUCAGAGCCAGCUCUGGUUGUGCUGAGAUGGGGCUGCCCCAGCCAGCGCUGGGGCUGAAGAGGCUCUGGGUACUCUUGCAGGUGGCCCUACAUGUGGCCGUGGGCAAAGUGCUACUGGUACUGUGUCCCGGCAGAGUCAAGCAGCACAUCCUGGCCAUGAACAAGAACAACCCGCACUUCUCCUAUGACAACUGGGCCCCAACUCUCUACAGCAUCCAGUACUUCUGGUUCCUCCUGAAGGUCCGUUGGCAGAGACUGGAGGACAAGACUGAGCAAGGGGGUCUGGCCCCAAACUGCCCUGUGGUCCACCUCUCAGGACGUUGGUGCAACAUUUGGGACUUCAUGCAAGGCAACAGGCCAUUGGUGCUGAAUUUUGGAAGUUGUACCUGACCUUCAUUUCUUUUCAAAUUUGACCAAUUCAAGGGACUGAUUGAAGACUUUAGUUCCAUAGCAGAUUUUCUCGUCAUUUACAUUGAAGAAGCACAUGCAUCAGGGAGAUCAAGGGAGAGGAGCUGAUACAAGCAGCAGGAAUCUAGACCUGAGAUGUCACAAAUGAAGUGACUGCUAUACAGCUGCUUGUGAAACGAUCAAGACUCUCCAAGCUCAAGGGGACAUUGUGGUUCAUCCAGGUCAGUGGUUCCCAGCUCUAGUGAACGCAGAAGCCCUUGGAGGGCUUGUUAAAACAAACUGCUGCUCCCCACCCCAGAAUUUCUGAGUUAGGUCUGGGUGGGGCCCAAGAAUUUACAUACUGAACAAGCUCUGGGUGCUGAUGGUCUGGGGACCACACUUUGAGAACCGCGGCUCUAGGCUAGCUCUCACCUGGGCCAGGGAUCCUUUCUUCAGCCCCUAAUAGGUGAUCACCCAUCUUCAUUAUUCACAGGAAAUCUUACUCCUCUGCUGGAUAGAUCUGUUUGGGAGGAAGUCCUUCCUUGCAAUGGACAGACAUGCCCCUUUCUGAAACUUCUACAGUUUGACCUAAGCCCCUUGAAAUUUACAUAGUGAUCAGACACACCGCAUCUCCCUGAUUUUCAUGGAGAUCAAAGCCAUGAAUUUAUCCCAACUCUCAAACCCAGAGAUUGAGGAACGCUUGUCUGACCGAGUAGGAGUGUCAUUUACUCAACACCUCCCAACAAGAUUCAUCUCUGUCACCCACCACCUGGCAGAGUCCAUGCCACAGAAUCAGAGCCCAGAAUGAGUAUUUAGGCGAUUGCUGGCUCAUCCAUGUGUUCUUAAGUGUAGAGAUUGCCAUUAAUUAAUUAUCAGCAAAGUUGGCCCAGCAGUGCUUUCUCCAUUGUGGGCCCUAAUUUCUGUGUCACAGCCACCUCGGUUGCUUAUUGAAAAUGUAUAUUCCGGGGCCACACCAGGCCCAUUGCUUCUUGAUUUAUAUGUACCCAAAGGUUUGAGAACUCCUUUCAGUUUACUACUGUUUUCAUUUAACUGGCAGCUUCUGUCCUCACUAAGAUUUUGGGGCAACUUAAAAUA